AUGAACGAUCCAAACGAUGACGUUUUCUCCUUCUUAACCACUCCCAACGAAUCCGACUUCUCCUCGCCGACGACAGCCGAAGUCCACGCUUUUCAACCGGUUUUCCUACUCCUCAACAUCUUCCUCCGCGAUGAAUCUCACCCUUCUGGUCCUUCCGUCGACGGCAGGAACAAACGCAUCGACUACAUGAUCCAGUUCCUCGAUCGGAGGCUCAGCGAGGACGGCAAUUUUGACGGGAUCGGAGUGGAGAACGGUGACGGCUCAGAUUCUCUACCGGAAUUCGUUGGGAAGUGUGGUGGAACGGCUCCGAUCUUCAAGGGUCGGAAACUGUGCAAGCGAUAG